AGACGCGUGGAGCUGGGCGAGGACUCGCGGGCUGUGCAGAUUUGUAGACGGAGUCUAGAAUCUAACCUGCAAACCAUCUGAAAUUGUGUGCAGAAUACUGCAUCUUCAAGUGCAUUUGCUAGAGAGAAGGUCGAAGACUCUCAUGCAGUCUUAAAAGGAUCUGAGCCUCAAGAAAAGUGCAUCUACAAUAUGUGUUUUAGAAAUAAAAGUUAAACUUUGAUUUGAAUGAAAAAUGUCUCUCAGUGCACCUAUAUUUCUCAAAGAAAGGGAAGAAGAUAAUUCAAAAUUUGUGGAAAUACAGCAGUCACAAACUACAUGCAUAGCUGCAGAAGAUCCUCUUCAAAACUUAUGCUUAGCAUCUCAAGAAGUUCUUAAAAAAGCUCAGCAAAAUGGAAGAUCAAAAUGUCUGAAGUGUGGUGGUUCAAGAAUGUUCUACUGCUAUACAUGUUACGUCCCAGUUGAAAAUGUACCUGUUGAACAGAUACCACAUGUGAAGCUACCAUUGAAGAUUGACAUCAUUAAACAUCCGAAUGAAACAGAUGGCAAAAGCACUGCUGUACAUGCAAAACUCUUAGCACCUGAAUUUGUAAAUAUUUAUACAUAUCCAUGUAUUCCAGAAUAUGAAGAAAAGGACCAUGAAGUUGCACUUGUAUUUCCUGGACCUAAGUCUGUUUCAGUAAAAGAUAUUUCUUUUCAUCUGCAAAAAAAGAGUCAAAAUAGCGUUAGAGGCAAAAAUGAUGACCUUGAUAACCCAUCCAUUAAACGCAAGAAAACUGAAGAACAGGAUUUGAAUGACAGCAAAUGCAAAGACACAACACUGAAAAAAAUUGUAUUCAUAGAUAGCACCUGGAACCAAACAAACAAAAUAUUCACUGAUGAGAGACUUCAAGGGUUGCUACAAGUUGAGUUGAAAACAAGAAAAACUUGCUUUUGGCGCCAUCAAAAAGGAAAGCCAGAUACCUUCCUUUCCACAAUUGAAGCUAUUUACUACUUUUUGGUAGACUAUCAUACUGAUAUAUUAAAAGAGAAAUACAAAGGACAAUAUGAUAAUCUUUUAUUUUUCUACUCUUUUAUGCACCAGUUGAUAAAGAAUGCCAAGUGCCCUGGAGACAAGGAAACAAGAAAACUUACCCAUUAG